AUGAUGCGCGCGCGCGGGCUCUGGGCGCUGCUGCUGCUCGUUGCGCUCGUGGCGGCGGCGGCGGCGCCCGGUGCGGUGCUGGCGCAGGGGAACCUGACGUCGCGGUCGGAUCUCCGGGGGCUGUACGCGCUGCGGGGCUCACUCGGCCUGCGGGCGCGGGACUGGCCGCGGCAUGCGGACCCGUGCACGGCGUGGGCGGGCGUCGGCUGCCGCGGCGGCCGCGUCGUGUCGCUCGCGCUCGCCGGCCUCCGCCGCACGCGGCUGGGCCGCCUGAAUCCGCGCUUUGAAGUCGACGGGCUGCGGAACCUCACUCAGCUCGAGGUUUUCAACGCGGCGGGGUUCGGGCUCCCCGGCUCCAUCCCGGCGUGGCUCGGCGACGGGCUCGCGCCCACCUUCCAGUCCCUCGACAUCUCCGCCUGCAACGUCUCGGGGGAGAUCCCCGCCUCGGCGCUUGCGGGGCUCACGCGGCUCAGGACCCUCAACCUCUCGGGCAAUGCGUUCUCGGGCGCGCUGCCUGUUGCGGUCUGGUCGCUCCCGGGGCUCAGCGUUCUCGACGUCUCUCGGGCCAACCUCACCGGCCCAUUGCCCACGACAGGGAUUUCGCUGCCAGCCAAUGCGCAGGUGGUGGAUCUGUCGGAGAACCUCUUCUAUGGCAUCGUACCGGAGGCCUUCCGCCGGCUGUUCGCCCAGGUGCUGCUGACCAAUAUCUCUGGAAACUACUUUGACGGCAAGCUAAGUGUGCCCGAUAGUGGUGGUGGGAAUGUGUCUUCUGAGUUGAAUUGCUUCCUUGAUGCUCCGGAACAGCGUACCCAGGCUGAUUGCCAGCAGUUCUAUGCCAGUCGUGGGUUGCCGUAUGAUGGGCCAGUUACCCCACCCGCGCCACAGCCUGCUCCUGCACCGGCAAUGAAGAAGAAGCACAAGAAUCUGAGGUACAUACUGAUCGGGGCCAUAGGCGGAGGCCUCCUGCUGAUAGCUGCGGUGGCAGCGGUUGUGUUCUGCAUUGCGUGUUCUGGGAGGAGGACGAAUGAUCAGAGGGAAAGUGGGGCACCGCCAAGUGCGCCAUCAGGAGUGUCAGCUACUGGUGCGGUUGCAGCUACUGGUGGCACGCAGCCUUCUGCAUUGCCUGCAAACACGGCGAAAGUUGGUGACUCGUUUGCUUAUGACCAACUGGCCAAUGCAACCUCAGGAUUCGGGGAAGAGAGGCUAAUCAAGCAUGGUCACUCAGGUGAUCUAUACCAUGGGGUGCUCCAAGAUGGGACUGCUGUGGUGGUGAAGAGGAUCACUGCACGCGUGGCUCGUAAGGAUGCCUAUCUGGCAGAGUUAGAUUUGUUUGCGAAAGGAUUGCAUGAAAGGCUGGUGCCAUUCCUGGGGCAUUGUCUUGAUAAAGAAGAAGAAAAGGUUCUUGUGUAUAGGUUUGUUCGAAACGGUGACUUGUCGAGUGCACUGCACCGAAAAUCAAGGGAGGAAGAUGAGGGCAUGCAAUCUUUGGACUGGAUAAAGAGGUUGAAGAUUGCAACAGGGGUGGCUGAGGCUCUUUGCUAUCUGCACCAUGAGUGUACUCCACCGAUGGUUCACAGGGAUGUGCAAGCCAGCAGCGUCCUUCUUGAUGAUAAAUUUGAUGUGCGCCUCGGUAGCUUGAGCGAGGUGUGUCCUCAAGAAGGGGAGGGUCACCAAAACGUCAUCACAAAGCUGUUGAGAUUUUCUUCGGCGGCAGAUCAAGGUUCUUCUGGUUCUCCGUCUGCAACUUGCUCAUAUGAUGUCUAUUGCUUUGGAAAAGUUUUACUGGAGCUGGUGACAGGAAGACUUGGCAUCAGUGCAUCGAACGAUGCUGCUACAAGCGAAUGGCUUGAUACCACGCUGCGGUAUGUCAAUAUUUAUGAGAAGGAGCUUAUGAGCAAGAUCAUUGAUCCAACACUUAUCAUUGAUGAGGACCAUCUGGAGGAAGUCUGGGCAAUGGCAAUUGUCGCCAAGUCCUGCUUGAAUCCACGGUCUUCCAAACGCCCGCCGAUGAAGUACAUCCUAAAAGCACUAGAGAACCCCUUGAAGGUGGUUCGGGAAGAUAAUGGUUCCAGCUCAGCCAGGUUGAGAGCAACAUCAUCACGGGGUUCUUGGAAUGCUGCACUCUUUGGGAGUUGGCGGCAUAGCUCGUCUGAUAUAGGUCCUUCAAGGGAUGACAACAUUCUGAAACGAUCAGAGACAAUCAAGUCGUCUGGUGGGAGCAACGGUGAUCAUUCUUCCUCCCGCAGGAGGCAAUCCAAGGAGAUCUUCCCUGAGCCAUCCGGCUCACGUGACACCGAGGAUUAAUGAGAAAAGAGGAUUUUUCUUUCUGAUCAUUUGGGUAAAGGGAGGAUAUCCAUGGAGGGCUAUACUGGAGCUCUGCUGGCAGCUUCUGAUAGAUUUCAUUCGUCCAAAAAGUCAGGAAUGUGAAUUCUCUCCUUGUCAAUGGCUUCACAGCAGCACUGGCGCCAUGGUAAUCAUUUUUGGGGGAAGAAGUAGCGGAUGGUAUGGUGUACCUUGGUUGAGGACAAUGGCGUGCGGUCGGUGGUAGUCAGAUUCUUUCACUGUUGGAAGUCUGGUGUCUCUCUUCCGUCUAUUUUCUUUUUUUUCCCUCUCCUCUCGAUUAAAGAAAGAAUGGCGAGCUGAUUCUUUUUCUUCUCCCUACUGUAAUUGAUUGCUUCAUUGUUGAUCAUAGUAGAAAUGUUCGUUUUAUUCA